AUGGACCGCGCAAGGAAGCGCGAGCUUCGGGCUCUGAAUGAAAAGGCCUGGGAGGGCGACAAAGGGCUCAUCAACGUCAGCAGCUCGCUUGACUCGUCGCUCAAGAAGAACACAGCCUUCAUCAAGCGUCUCCGGACCGCCAUCAGCGCCGCAACCCUCUCGACGUUCCUGCAAGAGAUUCGAACCCUGAGCCUGCACAAGUACCUAUCCGAGAUCAUUUCCGCCUGCUAUGAGGGCCUCUGUCGCCUCAAGACCCCCGGGGAAAUUGAUGCCGCCGUCGAGAUCGUGAGCGCUCUCCACCAACGCUUCGGCCCUGCCGAGUUUACCGAGUAUCUCACCUGGCUGCUCGGCAAGGGCAUGGCCACACCCGACAAGAGCGUUCUCAAGACCUUGGCUGCCGAAGUGCGCGAGAAGGAGGAAAAGGAGCGCAUCACCCGCCAGCGUGCUCUCCUCAGGGUCAUUACCGAGCUCUGGCUCGUCGGCGUGCUACGGACCCUGGACGAUGCCACCAAGCCAGACGAUGCCACCAAAGGCGCUACCGGCAAGUCAGUCGAGCUCAAGACUCGAAGCAACUCCAAGCCUGGCGCCUCUGCAGACCCGUUCCCGCUCGAGGUUUUGAAAGAUUUACUCGGCCACGACAGGGAGCACGCCAACCUGCCGCUGCUCGUCAUCUUCGUCAAGGCUUUCAGCUGGGAUAUCUUGGGAGUUCGAACUACUACGCCUGAAAGCCGCAAGUCUGGAGAAGACGAAGCCUCGUCGACCCCUGAAGAGACCGCAGAAUCCUCCGUCGAAGAUCAACCGUUUACUCCCCCCGAACUGGCCGAAAAAUUCAAGGAAGUCCUCAAGAAAUACUUUGACGAUGUCGCCAAUCACAUUGUGCGCGAUCAAAAGUCGAUUCACUCCCAAGCCCGGCGUAACGCUGAGGCCUAUGUCAAGUCCGGAGAAGUCUUUGAAGAUAGGCAAGCAAACUACGAGAAGCAAGUCAAGGCUCAGGAUAGGCUUGUUGCCAAUGCUCAGGUCAUAGCCGAUGUUAUUGGCGCCGAAAUGCCCAACCUGAAAGACUCCAACGAUCCUCUUGCAGCCUCAAACAGCACCAUCGGCUUGGUCAAGACUGGCGACUACCUACGAUCCAUGGCUGAUGGUGCCGGCAUCUGGGAAGAUGAAGACGAACGCCGCUUCUACGAAAAUCUGGUGGACCUCAAAGGAAAGGUCCCGGCCAUCCUUCUCGAGGACGGCAAGAAGAAGAAGCAGGAGACUGAGGAGCAGAAUGCCAAGAAGCCCGAAUCUAGUACCGAGGGCGCAGAAGCUGCAAAAGCCCCAGAGCCAAUUGACGAUCAGUCAAUGGCCAUUGCGAACAAGACCAUUGGAGCCCAGGUAGAUGCCCUUUUGGCUCGCCUGCCCGACCUGACCAACAAGGAGAUCAUCGACCAGACGGCCAUUGACUUUUGCUUUCUCAACUCCAAGGCGUCGCGCAACCGACUGGUCAAGGCGCUGACGGAGGUCCCAAAGGGACGGAGCGAUUUGCUGCCGUCCUGGGCCCGUCUGGUUGCCACACUGGGCAGAUAUAUGCCCGAUGUCCCCAAGGGAUUAGUCGACUAUCUCGAUGCCGAGUUUCGUAGCUUGCAGCGCCGCAAGGAAAAGGAUUUUCUGGGCCAGGUCCGACUCAGCAACAUUCGAUACCUGGCAGAGCUCACCAAGUUUGGAGUAGUCCCUGAGCACGUUGUUUUCCACUGCCUCAAGGUCAGCCUCGACGACUUUUCUCGCAUGAACAUUGAGAUUUUGUGCAACUUGAUCGAAAAUUGUGGCCGCUAUCUUCUCAGGAACCCUGAAACAGCGCCGAGAAUGGCCAGUUUUCUGGAGACGCUGCAGCGGAAGAAGUCUGUGCAGCAUAUUGGCCAGCCGGAGAGGAUGCUCAUUGACAACGCCGUGUACUUCGUUGAUCCUCCAGAACGGCCUGCAAUUGAGCAGAAAGAAAGGACUCCGAUGGAGCUCUUUAUCCGGAAGCUGAUAUAUGGCGACAUGACUAAACGGAAUUAUAGCAAGAUUCUUAAGCAGAUUCGCAGACUUCACUGGGAAGAAGCAGAGGUCGUUGCCAUUCUCGAAAAGGUCUUUUCUAAGCCUGGCAAAGUGAAAUAUGGAAACAUCCAUCUCCUCGGCAUUCUCCUGAGCGCUCUCUACCGUCAUCACCCACACUUUGUUGUCAGAGUCGUGGAUAACGUUGUAGAGUCCAUUUGCUUCGGGCUAGAGCAGAACGACUUCAGGUUCUCCCAGCGCCGCGUUGCCGAGGUCAAAUACCUUGGCGAGCUCUACAACUACCGCAUGUUGGAGCAUCCGGUCAUCUUUGACACCAUGUACAAGAUUUUGCUGUUUGGUUAUAGCGGACCACCUGUUCUGGGCAAGUAUAACGCUUUUGAUCCGCCGGACGACUUCUUCCGGAUUCGCCUCAUUUCCAUCAUGCUGGAAACCUGUGGCAUGUUUUUCAACCGAGGUGCUGCUGGGAAGAAGCUCGACUACUUCCUCUCAUUCUUCCAGUAUUACGUCCAUACCAAAGCGCCCCUGCCGCUGGACAUUGAGUUUCUUGUGCAUGAUACCUUUGCACUGACGAGGCCUCAAUGGAAGUUUGUAGACGACAUCGAGGAGGCGACCAAGGCUUUCCAGCUUGCCAUUGCUCAGGACCAGAAGACUGCGGGAGUGGACAAAGUUGCGGAAGCAGACGACGCUACAAGUGGCGCCUCUUCCGAGGAUGACAACGGUGAUAUGGAUGACGUAGAAGCCGAUGGCGACGGUGACGAUGAAAGCGCUUCCGAGGAAGAAGAGGAAGCGGAGGAUGGUGACAAUGUCUCUGCCCACGAAAGCGAAUACGAAGAGGCCAUCAUCGUCACCAGACAAGAAGAAGCUGUGGAUCCCGAAGACGAAGCCGAGUUUGAACGAGAAUACGCAAAGAUGAUGGCAGAGAGCCUUGAAUCACGCAAGUUUGAGCGCAAACAGCUGUUUGACGUGCCGCUGCCCGUGCGGUCGAGAAACCGCGAACCGUCCAUGUCUACCGGCACUGGGGAGACGCAGCAGAAUGGCAAAAUGGCAUUCUCACUGAUGACGAAAAGAGGCAACCGGCAACAGACUCGGACCGUCGAACUACCUUCGGACUCGACAUUUGCAAUCGCUAUGAAGACACAGCAGCAAGCAGAGAGAGAAGAACAGCAGCGAAUCAAGAACCUUGUUCUGAACUAUGACCUCCAACAGAGUGAUGACCAAGACGUCAAUGACCGGCCGACAACGUUCUACCACAACCGGGUAGACAAACCGAACAAGGGCCAGCGUGUUCGGAAGCUGCAGCUCAGCGAUGUGGAUUGGUAG